CUCCCCGCCCGCCUCCCCCGCGCUCCCUCCGCCCCCUCGGCCGGCAGCUCCCGCCCGCCGCUCCCCGCUGCGCAGAGCGGCCGCGCCGGCGGGGGAUGGAGAGCCAGCGCUGCUUCGCCAACCGCUUCGAUGACUACCCGGGCAGCCCCGCGGCGGCGCCGGACAGGGAGGCGGCGGUGCCGCUGGUGACGGCCACCAUCGAGCGCAUCCUGCGGGAGCUGCCGCCCCUGGGCGGCCCCCGCGGCUGCCCGGGCGGGCUGUACGGCGGCGUGGCCGGCGUGGCCUACAUGCUGUACCACGUCGCGCAGUGCCCGCUGUUCGCGCCGUCGCGGGACUCGUACCUGCGGGCCGCCCGCCGCGUCGUGGACGCCUGCCUGCGCUACCAGGAGGGAUGCGGCGAGGCCGACGCCGACACCCGCGCCGCCUUCCUGCUGGGCGGCGCCGGGGUGUACGCGGUGGCCGCGCUGGUCUACCGCGCCCUGGGGCUGCCCGAGUACGCGCGGCCGCUGGGCAAGUUCAGGGAGCUGAGCGAGGUCUGCGCCCCGCUCUCCUUCCUCGAGUGCGGCUCGGACGAGCUGUUCGUGGGCCGCGCCGGGUACCUGUGCGCCGCGCUGGUGCUGAAGCAGCGGCUGGGCAUGGAGGUGCUGACUGCAGCACAAAUUAAAUCAAUUUGCCUGGCCAUACUAGAAUCAGGAAAACAGUAUGCAGUGAAGAAGAGGAAACCAGUCCCACUGAUGUACUCCUACUAUGGAACAGAGUAUCUUGGUGCAGCACAUGGGCUUUCCUCAAUCCUGCAGAUGUUGCUGUCCUAUUAUGAGUACCUGCAGCCAGCAGAUCAGGAGCUGGUGUGGCAGAGUGUGGAUUUCCUGAUGGACCAGGAGCAGAACAGCAACUGGCCCCCUGAGCUGGGGGAGACCAUCGAGAGGGAGAAUGAGCUGGUGCACUGGUGCCAUGGAGCUCCAGGCAUUGCAUAUCUGUUUGCCAAAGCUUACCUGGUUUCCAAGAAGCCUCAAUAUCUGGACACUUGUAUCCGCUGUGGAGAGCUCACCUGGCAGAAAGGCCUUCUGAAGAAGGGCCCUGGCAUAUGCCAUGGGGUGGCUGGUAGUGCUUAUGUGUUCCUGCUGCUCUACAGGCUCACUGGGAACUCCAAAUACAUAUACAGGGCACAGAGGUUUGCAGAGUUCUUAUUUACAGAAGAAUUUAAGUCUGGUUCCCGGGCACUAGAAAGUGUAUAUAGUCUGUAUGAAGGUUUUUCAGGAACUGUGUGUUUCCUGACUGACUUGCUGCAACCCAACCAAGCCGAGUUUCCUCUCUUCAGUGUCUUUGUCUAAAGACUGAUGUUCUCCAGGGCCACAUCCUGGAGGUAGUGGGAGGGGGCACCUGCAGUUCCACUUACUUUUCAAGACAGGCUAUGUACAAAAUGAGCCGGGGUGCCACUAAUGCUAGCCUUAAUGUAGCUGGGAGUCAGAUCAAAAACAACACACA